AGUUAAGGAAGCCACAAAAAAUCUUGUGUCAGCUAUUCAGAAUGCUCCAUCACCCCUACAACCACCAGACGCAGAAACUGUCAAUGUAUUAUUACAUUGGCUUCAGCCACUAUUAUGGAAGAAUCGUGGAACGGGGGACUAAUGGGAGAGCGUCAAGAUCUGGACCCAAUCACCGAAGAAGAAGAUAGAAGCUACCCCAAAGAUUCACAUUCGGACUCUUCCGACACAACUUCAACGAUGAAACGCAAUGGGUCUAAAGAGACGACUUCCGAAGUUUAUGACUCAUCAGCAACAUCAUCUACGUCUGAACCGGGCGAUGAUUAUGCUAAUGAUUAUCCACGUACUGUAGAAAUUGAACUCCCAGGACCGCCCUCAGAUUUACGUAGCGAUUGCAGAUCCCAGAGCUGCCUCUGCCAGUCUUGUCUGUCGGGAUACUCGAGAGCCAUGGGGUUUGCAGGGAAUAUACCCAAUUCCUGUACUGUUGCAGUCAACACCACACACUUAGCAUCGCUGCCACCUUUCUACACCAUGGGUUGUUCAAGUGCUGGAAACGAGUUCGUGUACCGAUCUAUGAAAGAACCGUCACCCAUGCGGUAUAUUCCCUCUCCGGCUCCCCGUUGCUGUUUGCCUCAAAACCAGGGUACCACGUUGGUAAAAGAUUUUUCGGGGAAUAAGUCAAGCAGUAAAUCAUCAAGUAUGACCUCAUUGCCAGCAACUCCUACUCGCAGUGCGGGGUCUUUAGAUCGAAGGAGACGAAGAUUGAGAAACAGGAGUGAGAGAGAUCAGAGAGCGAGAUCCCACAAUGAUUUGAUAUGCUGCGACAGGGAAAGGCUUUACUGCUCCCAUCAGCAAUUUCAAUAUGCAAGCAAUCCAUAUGUGAACAGCUAUAACAAUAAUGCUGAGGAACGUUUGAGAAAACUCGAGACCGAAAGAGGUGCAUUACAUAUGGAGGUCUCUGUACUCUCUGAACAAGUAGAUGCUCAGUCCAAUAAAAUUCAUGAGCUUGAAAGUAUCUUGCAAGAGAAAAAAGAAUCUCUAAGGCAAAUGGAAGAGGCUCUCCAAAGGGAAGUUUUCUCAAGAAGUACAUUGGAGACGCAGAAAUUAGAGUUACUCAGUUCCAUGUCCGAACUGAAACUCAAACAAGCCAGCCUGGAGCAUGAAAACAGGAGCUUACGCAACAGUCCUAUUUCAAAUGGGGAGAGAUUCAGCCGACACGCCGGACAAUAUAGCAGCUUACCUCGACCUCCAACAUCAUCUAAAAAAGGAGUAGCUUUUGGUAAGGUAGUAGGGAAUCUUAGCCCAGGAACGCAGACUACUGUCCCUUUGGCUAUCAGAGGAAUCUCUGCCAGAUGCCUAUCAGCCCCAAUCCUAGCCGAGGAGGAGAAGACAGUUAUUGGUGAGGCUGCGCCACAGCCUGAGUAUAUUGCCCCAAAGCCUUUGGCCGAUUUAACGAUGGAGGAAAUUGGCGAUUGGCUAUCUAGACUGGGCCUUGAAUGUUAUGCAGCUGAAUUACGACGUUGGGGUGCAACUGGAGCAAAACUCCUAGAUACACAACCGAAUCAAAUUGAGAAAGAACUUGACAUUAAAAACACAUUACAUAGAAAAAAAUUGCUAUAUGCUAUAGAGUCGGAAAGACCAAAUUCUGUUGGAUUUUUUGGAGCUGAACAAAUGGAUAAUGGAGCAGUUCUUAGAUGGUUAGAUGAUAUUGGACUGCCGCAGUAUAAGGAAGCUUUCCAAACUGCCAAGAUUGAUGGUAGAGUUCUUCACCGAUUGACCACAGAAGAUUUACUGAAUCUAGGAGUCAAUGCUCAAUUGUAUGCAGCUAGCUUACGCCGUGGGAUUCAGGUUCUACGAGAGUUGAAUUUCAACUUUGAUAGUCUGGAGAGAAGAUCGAUUAACGGAAACGGAGCUGAUGGGACCUACGUCGCUUUGUGGACGAAUCAUCGAGUUAUGGAAUGGCUGAGAGUCGUUGAUCUUGCCGAAUACGCACCCAAUAUGCGGGGUUCAGGUGUUCACGGCGGAUUAAUGGUCCACGAGGGUCGUUUCACCUCUGAAUUGCUAGCAACGCUGUUGAGCAUUCCUCCAGCCAAAACUCUACUCCGACGACAUCUGACCACUCACUUCAAUCAACUACUUGGGAGAGAAGUGGUCCAGCAUAAGAGAGAAAUGGAAAGCACCUUAGGUUUCGUCCCGCUUACUCUUACGGCUAGAUUAAAAGUACCAAAGAAAUCUCAAUUCACGCUGAAGCGGAAGAAAAGUAAAAACGAAGUGGACUAUGGGAACCUAGUUUGUCCUCUGGAACCUUCGCCACCAGGUACACCAUGUUCGCCUUCUUCAAGCCCUGGCAGUCCUAAUCUCAGUUCACCCAUAUUCUAACCAAUCACAGAUUCACUCGAGCAAGAAACUAAAAGUACGCAAUUCGUAAGUCUAACUCCACUAAUAAUACACGUAACCAAUCAUUCAAAGUGAACCUAUACUGUACAAAGUCGAUUAUUGAGAUUCAGUAUACGUUUUGGGGUACCCUAUUCUCCGAAUCAAUUUCAUAUCGCCAAAACCACGACAAAGUUGCCAUUUCCUUAUCCUCUGGACCAGAAUGUUACGCGAAUCAAUGGUAAUCUGAUAUACUAAUCUAAAGUAAGAUACAUCAUAUACUACGCCUUAACUUGACAUUUAACAUCAAAAUAAUAUCAUAUAUCAUUUUAACUUCAAUCGUCGCUUUGCUUGAAAUAAAACAAAACUUCCUUGCAUUAUUUCAUCUGAUAGGAUAUGAAUUGGAACGUUCUAGGUGCAGAAGAUAUGGAACAUAGGCGAGUAAUUGGUUGCAUAUAGACAGAAAAAGAGAGAGAGUAAGUCUGUCUGUACCGUACGUGGUGACUCGUAAUACUGCCAAAUAAAAAUGUAAAUUAUUUUAAUAUUUUUGCCGUAGCAAUAUAUCAACAAUAUAUUGCUCUAAUAGUCGACGUAUAUUAAUGAAAUGAAUAUGCAAAAAUUAGUAAUGUAGAAUCUACAUGUACUCAAACUAGUACAUUUUUCGAAAUGAUAUCAAGGACCAGAGACGAGAGGUAGGGCGGGAGGUAUUUUUACAUAUUUAAACAGUGUGUCAGACCGCGGAUGAAAUCCAAACGAUACGUUGUUAAUAAUAACGUACGGAUUGAUAUGAAGAAUAUUAUCUAAAGAUGACAUAAAUUCUCAUGAAUAAGUCACUUAAUGAUUCCUGAAUAACUAAUUCGAAUUGUUAUACAAUUGUUACCCAUAGAAUCUGUAUUUUUAAUAUUGAAACCCUUACAUAAGUACGAUCAUACAAAUCUCUAGUAUUAAUCCACACUAUGUUGGAUGAGAAAAAAUGUCAUAACUUGUUACCCAUUGAUCACGAAUCAGAACGUGCGAAGAUUCAAGUGCCGAAACCUGCUAAGAAAAUAAAAUCAAUCGAAGGUAUCAAAA